AUGGAUUGGGAAGGCACUGUCUCCGAAGACACAGGUUCGCCUAGUUUGGGAGACAGGAAGUUUGUCAAAAGACCAAUAGCAGCGUUUACUAUAAGGGACAGGACGAAUUAUGAUAAUGAUUUGAAAAUUCAUAAAGACAUUAUUGACAAAUUCUACGAUCAACGUGUGAACUGGAAAACUUCGAAUUUGGGGACAAUUUUAUUCAAGAAUGCUGACCCAAAACUGUUCCAGCACGGGUCUAGAAGCCAUAAACGCUACCUUGUAUUGGUCUGGAGAUAUUUAGAAGAAUUAAAAGAGACACAAAUCUUCAACUACAGACAACUGAGUUACCAUAAGGAACCCGAUCUUCUGGAAGGUUGCAGUGUGAAAAAUUGUAAAUUUACUGGGGACGAUGAAAACCUCGCUCAUGCUGAUGCAGUCAUCUUGGACAUGAAGAAAAAUUCGUUUCCAAUAGUGCAGAAGAAGAGUCCCAAACAGAGAUGGAUCUUCUAUAGCGACGUGACUCCAGUCAAAUUGCUUGGUCUGCACAAAAUAUCCGACGUGGAGAAUAUGUUUAACUGGACUAUGACAUACAGGAGUGAUUCUGACAUUCCUAUACCUUAUGGAAGAACAGUACCUUUCGCACUACCAGCGGAGAUCUACUUGGGUAUUGCUGAAGUGGCUUUGGCAAACCUCGUGCCUGACUGGGAUGAGAAGCAGUUUAUCAUAUUGGCGUCAAUUUAUUUGCCCAACUGUAUGAUGCGGGGGGCAAUGAAGAUUGUAAAGGACCUCCGGAAAUACAUCAGCGUCGAUAUUCAGGGAUGCAUUAGUGAAGCUGAAAAAAACAGUUUCACCUGCACGGAGCCCGUUACUGAUGAUUGUAAAAUUAUGUCAAAUUACUUAUUCUACCUCGUGAUUGAAGACUCGAGCUGUCGUCAGUACAUAACAGAGAAAUGUUUCCACUUUGGCUAUGCCAAAGGCGCCAUCCCGGUCAUAAUGGGCCCUCCGGUAAAAGAUUGUGAGAAACUACUGCCCCCUAAUUCAUUCCUACACGUGGACAAUUACAAAAGUCUUCGUGAACUAACCGACCACAUGAAGCAAAUAACAGAAACUUUUGAAAGUAUCCUAGUGUAUCAUGCGUGGAGGAAGCAUUUUGCUGUUAUCAAUGAACAUGGAAAAUUUGGUAGAAGUUCACCUCUAUUCUGUCGCGUCUGUGAAGCAUUAAACUACAAUGAUGGUGAAACUAAUGUUUACGAAACUGAAGACUUAGAAUUAUUCUUUGAUAAGAAACUUACAUGCAAAGCAGAGUAUAACGUCAGUUGA